AUGGAGCUCCUCUGGGCCCCUCUGCUCGGUCUCUGCUACAGCCUGGCCGCCGCCGACCGCCACACCGUCUUCUGGAACAGUUCGAACCCCAAGUUCCGGAGCGAGGACUACACUGUGCACGUGCAACUGAAUGACUACCUGGACAUCAUCUGCCCCCAUUACGAGGACGACUCGGUGGCAGCCGCUGCCAUGGAGCAGUACACACUUUACCUGGUGGACCUGGAGCAGUACCAGCUGUGCCAGCCCCAAUCCAAGCAGCAGGUCCGCUGGCAGUGCAACCACCCCAGCGCCAGGCACGGCCCCGAGAAACUGUCCGAGAAGUUCCUGCGCUUCACGCCCUUCACCCUGGGCAAGGAGUUCAAGGAGGGACACAGCUACUACUACAUCUCCAAGCCCAUCCACCACACAGAGGACCGGUGCUUGAGGUUGAAGGUGACUGUCGAUGGCAAAACCACUCACAGUCCUCACGCCCAGGACAAUCCGCAGGAAAAGAGACUUGCAGCUGAUGACCCCGAGGUGCAGGUUCUGCACAGCAUCGGUCACAGCGCUGCCCCCCGCCUCUUCCCCUUCGCCUGGGCUGCGCUGCUCGUGCCCAUCCUGCUGCUGCAGACCCUCUGA